GCUUGUUGAGGGCUGUCUUAAGACGGAAUAUGCUAAGCAGAUAGGUUAGUGUUUAUGUGUGCUGCUGGAGAGAUAGACUACUGUAACUGAGAGUGAGGUGGCGUUUCGUUUUCCAUACCAACUGUGCUGCGUGGUCAGUAGAGGCGACAUUGAAUAGACAGAUAUAAUUUUCGGUUAUUCCUUUCCUUUUCGUUUUUCUGUCGACACUGACAACAAACGCAGGUUUCCUGUGUGCAGUCUGGUAGUAGAAAGGACUUGGAAGCGAAAGGGAGUUUGUUCAAAUGGCAGCAAUGACAAUUGGAAUAGAACUAUGCGGUAAUUAAUCGCUGGUGUUGCAGCCAUCUCAUUCACCAUAGCGCGGUUAUCCGUGGCAGCCCUGAACGGGGCUGCACUGUGUCCUGGCCACAGCUUCACUUUCACGGUGGCAAGAGGUGUAUUCAGUUAUUUUGGAUCAGUGCGGGAUUUGAUCUUGAACGUGCAAGGAAGGAACGCGUAACCGCUUAUUGAUGAACGAACCCGUGGUACACCGUUUAUAAUUUACUCGUGAACCGAACUGUACACACUAUACUGUUAUUAUUACCAUUGCUCCAGUCGAGGAGAAAUACUAUGAAUAUGCAGCAACCCGUUUUGAACUGUUGCGAUUGUCAAACGUGAAGUAGCUGUGGCUUGCUUUUUGAGCCAAGGAGAAUAGCCAUAGUUUACCAGUUAUGGUGUUGAUACAUUUAUAAUAGUCCACGACAUUCUACGUUUUAAAUCCACCCUGAACAGCAUAUUGGUGCUCUUUUUUUAAUACGGAGGAUUUAAUUUAUAAUUUCGCGCUGAGUUUGCAGUGACCCUUGGGGACUGCUGGUCUGGAAUAGCAACAAAGGACGGGGGCGUGCAUUCAUGGAAUGCAACUUUGACAGCUCGCCACUACUUAUCUACUGACUUUAUCAGCGGGCAACGGGGACGAACUAGUAAUUGAAGGAAAGAUGGCCGAGAUCCCAACUCCCAGUCCUCUCCAUGAGUUGGACGUGGCCAUAGACCCAGACUUCGAGCCACAAAAACGGCCAAGAUCGUGCACCUGGCCGUUGCCCCGACCCGAGUCCAAUGCGGGGAAACCAGAAAGCAACGACACUGACAUUAUACCCGAAGAAGAGGAUGAUGAAGAGGAACAACAUGCCACUUCCAUGGCCAUCAACGUCAAUGGCACCAGCUCCAGCGUGGGAGCAGACCACCAGAACAGCAACAGCCCUACGGCCGAAGGACUGCUGUCUGGACAGGAGAACGGAGGCUCCCCGCUCUCCUCCCACUCCCCCACGACCACUUCGGGCGCACUCGGCACCAGCGGCCCGGGUUCGCAGACUCCACGGAAGUCUUCGUCGCGCAGGAACGCGUGGGGGAAUCUGUCAUAUGCUGACCUGAUAACCAAAGCCAUAGAGAGCACGCCGGACAAGAGAUUGACUCUGUCUCAGAUUUAUGACUGGAUGGUGAGAUGUGUGCCGUACUUCAAAGACAAAGGCGACAGCAACAGUUCGGCUGGGUGGAAGAACUCCAUCCGGCACAACCUCUCCCUCCACAGUCGUUUCAUCCGUGUCCAGAACGAGGGAACGGGAAAGAGUUCCUGGUGGAUGAUAAACCCGGAGGGAGGGAAAGGCGGGAAGGCCCCCCGGCGCCGGGCUGUCUCCAUGGACAACAGCAACAAGUACACCAAGUCUGCCCGCGGCCGCGCAGCCAAGAAGAAGGCGGCCUUUCAGGCAGUGGUGGCUGGCGAGGGGGGCGGAGACAGCCCCUCGGGGCUUUCCAAGUGGCCGGGCAGCCCCACAUCACGGAGCAGUGAGGAGCUGGACGCCUGGACAGACUUCCGCUCACGCACCAACUCCAAUGCCAGCACGCUGAGUGGGCGCCUCUCACCCAUCCUGGCCAAUCCAGAGCUUGACGAGCUGCUGGACGAUGAGCCGCCACUAUCUCCCAUGCUCUACUCCAGUCCCGGCGAGGCACUGUCGCCUGGGAACACCCCCACGCCCAAUGGGAAGGGACUGCCCACAGAGCUGCCUCGCCUGGCAGACCUGGCGGGCACCAUGAACUUGAACGAGGGGCUGACGGACGACCUAAUGGAUGAGCUGCUGGAUAACAUCGCCCUGGCCCCCACCCCGACUGGACCAGCCACCCAGAGAGGAUCCUCCGGGCUCAGCUUUGGCUCCAAGCUUGCCGGACUGGGCUCCUCCUCCCCAACCACCUCUCCCUCUACUCCAUCCCCCUCUAAUGGUGCAGGCGGCGGUGGCUACUGUAACUCCAUCUUUGGUCCCCUCACAGUGGGCUCCUCCCUGCGGCCCGCCCCCAUGCAGACCAUCCAGGAGAACAAGCAGACGUCCUUCUCCUGCAUCUCCCGCUUCGGGAGCCAGACCCUGCAGGAUCUGCUCAGCUCAGAGGGCCACAGCCACAGCAACGUCAUGAUGACCCAGUCUGACCCACUGAUGUCACAAGCCAGCGCCGCCGCUGUUAUCUCCCAGAACUCCAGGCGAGGCUUUGUUCUCCGCAGCGACCCCAUGAUGACCUUUGGGACCACAGCGUUAGGGCAGGGGGUGCUCCUGCACAACCACAACCAGGGCUCCCUGAGGACACUGAACGGGGGUCCGAGCCUGAACAAUGAGGCCAACAGCCUGGCCAACGCCAAGCAGCAGCUCCUGCACUCUCCACUGGGACUUGGAUCAAACGGCUCCUCCAUGAUGCAGAUUGACUCGUCCCUCUUCCUGAACGGGAGCGUUGGUGGAAGUGGUGGGAUCUGCUCACUAGGCCCUGACCGCUUCCCAACCGACCUGGACCUGGACAUGUUUAACGGGAGCCUGGAGUGUGACAUGGAGUCCAUCAUCAGAAACGAGCUGAUGGACGCAGAUGGCCUGGACUUUAACUUUGACUCCCUGACCAACCUGAACGGACCCAAUCUGGGCAGCUUUACCAGCACCAAGCAGGGACCCCAGAGCUGGGUCCCUGGCUGAAAGAAAGGCCACACCCUAGAGGGGGCAGAGCAGGUACAAACUGUAGAGCAAGAGAAGAUCAGACACAAAGCAUCCUUUUUGCCAAGCCUGCCAUCAGCACAACAUGGGAUAAAUACCCUCUGUUUACACAAGACCUCCUCUAGAGAAAUGUACCUUUUCUUCCACUCAGACGGACCAUGAAUGAUUUGAAGUACACAGACUCACAAGACGUGACCGUCAGAUCCUCAAAGACCCCUGCAAAACAAACAAACAAUCUGAAAUCAUCACAACAAACUCAUCUCAGAAUUAUGCAAUCUUCCUUUGAGCAAAUACCAGUCGGACAAAGUCUAUUGUAAAGAUACAGAGCGAGAGGGGCUGUGUUUUGUUUAUUUGAAGGGUUUUUGGGAAACAAGGACAUUUGGCAAGCAAGGUUGUUGUGUACAAGUAGCUCCUGGAAGAAAAGGACAAAAGAUAAACAAAAGUGAUGUGGUGUAAAAUCUAAUACAGUGGUUUCUGGGAUGUGUUAUGUUGGAAAAUCUUCCUCUGUUUUCACUCAGUGAUUUUAAAUGUUUAAUGUUUGUUUUUAAAUUCCUGUUUUACCAUCAUCACUGUUUCUGCACCACAGUUGUUUUAUAAAGAAACGAUUGAUGAAAUGAAAGAGAGGAAUGAGACAGUUUCUGCACUCAAAAUAGCGACAACACACACAUGUUGCACACACACCGAUGAUGUCAAACAAUAAUGCCAUAUGCAUUUCAGGUUUUUGGUGUUUUGUUCUUUUCCUUUUACAUGAGUUUGAUUGAUUAGUCACGGUUUUAAAAUGCCUUAUAUAAAAAAACUGUAAAAAAUAGAAAAAAACAAGAAGAAGAAGUCUGUCAUGGAUCUGUGUACAGUACAGUGGAAGCUUCAACUUAAAGGAAGAGCCGAGGAGGAGGAGUUUAGACCUUCUUUCUAGUUAAUGGGUGGGGUAAUGUCAACGUGUAGUAGUACAGCAUAUGUAGCCAAAAUAAAUACCUAUGUCCUAGCA